AUGUGGAAUCGCAACGACAAGCGCAACGACAGAGGCGCAGAAAAGCAAGACCCAAGGCCGGUACCCGAACACCUCCGCACCGCUCCCAGAAGAUCCUGGCGGACCGUCGAAGCACUAGGUCCACCGGAGCGCACCGGUGGUUUUAACGGCGGCUUCAACGGCGGCGUCUUCGUCGUUGAAGAUAAGCAUACCGGCAAGCAGUACAUCGAGAAGCGCGCGAAGAAGGAGCACAUCGACAAGGGGUUUGUUGAAGCCGAAAUAAGCUUUUUAAACCUCGUGUCCGACCACCCUCACAUUAGCAAAAUGGUGGACUACUUUGUCGACAAGAGCGCAGGCCGGGCCAGUAUUUACAUGGAGCUGUGUACCGAGGGAGGGUUGGACAAGAUUGUUGAGGAGUAUUGGAGGGACGGCCAGAAGUUCGACGAGGCGACCGUUUGGGAAUGGUUUAUCCAGCUCGCGGAUGCGUUGAUGUACUGCCAUUACGGAAAGAACCCGGAGAAAAGGGAGGCCAACGGUUGGAAGAGUACGUGGAACAGGAUCUGGCAUCGCGAUAUCAAGCUAGCGAACAUUCUUAUCACCAAGGGAACCAGACCCGGGCACACCGGCGAAUACAUAGCCAAACUCGCUGACUUCGGAUGCGCCGUCGACCAACACAAAAUAUACGCGAACCAAAGGAACAAUCGUGACGAGUCCUCGUUUAAAACCCGUCAUUGGGAGCCUCCAGAGGCACCCGGGUAUGUGCAAGGCAGCGAUAUAUGGCAGCUGGGUGGCGUCAUCGCCUGUUUGUGCAGCCUCGAGCAGUUGGCGGACCACAUCGACACUUCGCACCCGGCUCCGGGGUACUCCGCGGACCUUAACAAAGCAAUCAAGGCGUGCAUGCAGCGUGAUCCCAAGGAACGGCCCAGAUCCGAAGAGCUCUUCAAGUGGAUAAAUGCGUGGUAUAACAAGAACAAAGACCGGUUACCGGAACAACCUCCUUCUACGCCAUCGAACCAGCAAAGAUCUGAGCCCCCAUUUCCAAAGCAACCCGCUGCGCCUCCGAUGCCUCCACGAGCGAAUUCACUACCGCCUCACUUUGGGAAUGCUUUCCAGGGAAGACUAGACUUUGCACGCGGAGGUUCCGGUUCCUCAGUUGAUCAACCACGGCGAAUACCUAGGCCUGGUGAGGGUGGUUUUGGUGGGCCUUUUGGUCCAAGGGGAUUUGGGGUAGUCUACGGACCCCGCGGUAAGCCGAGGAUACCGCAUGCCGCUUAUAAUGAUACCGACUAUGCGAUGGGAUUCGACGACGGGUAUUCUGUCUAUGGACCCCCUAAUCCAUGGAAUGGGCCGCCUGGUGGCUUCGGGAGAUACUGAAGAUGUUGUGGAGAUUGUCGUGGUUUAAGGCCGAUGUUAUCGUAGGUGAGCGCAUUUCAUGUUGACUUUGAUUAGAAUAAGGUCAGAACAUCCAAGAGCUCCCUUCAACGACUGGGGAAGCCCCAUGAUUCUUCGAGUUGACGGAUGGUGGUUGUUGGCGGAAAGCCAUGCGACCUUUCGCAGGCAUACCACAGUUCGCGAAGUCGUAUUUGGUCUUCUUUGGCAUUG